AUGAGAGCUUACGAGGAGCUCAACACAAGCCUGAGUGCUGAAAGCAUGUCUCGCAGGAAACAAGCGAAACCCAAGCACGUUCAGCGCAAUGCCUUAUGUAUGGAGGAGCAGUGCAUGGAUGAUGUUGACGACAGCGGUUUGGAGACUGCACCUCAAAAUGUCCCUGGUCCUUUUGUCUGCGAACAAUGCUGUGAAGAAUUCAGCGCUCUAUCGGACUUGAAACACCAUACGAGGAUCUGCUCUUCAAAUCCUCAGUUUCUUGUUCUACAAGAACACAGGACAACGGAUCCCACAAAGUAUGACCCUGUUCACUGUAUUCCCACAACCGCACUCAGUGGGCUGGAAGAGUCUGUGAAUACCUUUGAGAUGGAAGACCCCGACGCAGCAGAGACGGAGGACAACAUGGCAUUUGAGAACUGUUGUACAAGUAGCAAUGGCAGUCAUUUGGAGAGGGAGUAUAACACUAGCAGUAGCCACGCUAGUGGGGAACAACAGAAGACAGACAUUCCCUUGAGCCCAUCAGCUUUGACAUCAGCAUUACCUCAAUCUGGGAGCACCUUGCCACCGGAGCACCGUUCAUGGAGAAACAACACUAGCGUGAACAUAGAAAAUCUUCAGAGCACGAAGGUGGCUGUGGCCCAGUUUUCGCAGCAGACACAAGAGGAGGAUUGCCAAAUAGGAACUGGUGCAUCCACAGUCUCUUCUUUGAUGGAGCAGAUCUUGGCUCUACAGAUGCAGCAGGUCGGCCAGCUACAAUUAACCAAUCAGAUUUGUCACCAAUUUUUUCUGUUUGCCUCAGAGAAAGUGAAGAUACCGCAGUCGCUUGUAGGCUGUGAUCAGGAACUCUCAUCAUCGAAGUCCGCUGCUCCACUCAUUGACCUUUGUUAUAACCUUUCUCAGCAGCUUGCAGUGGCUGCUCGUACAGCACAGUGCUUAUCUGCCCAGUUUGGUAACAUUACUGGAUAUGAGAAAUUAACAUCAACCCAGCAGCAAAGUCCAGGCAGUGAAAGUGUACUGUUCCAUUCUGACUCCUUACAAAGUCUUAGAAAGCUAGUGACCUUGAGAUUUCAAAAACGGUUUUCCAAAGCUGAAUACAUGCACCCUGGUAGUCUCAAUCCAAAAUGUAAUGAUUUAACUUGCACAAAAGGACCAUCUUUGGCAUUCGGCAAAAAUUGCUUAGUUAAUAAAACCUCAAAUAGUUUACAUUUCACUGGAUCUAACAGUCAAUUGCAGAUUAAUUCUAAUCCUGUUAUAAAUAUUAUGACUACUUUGGCUGAACAGAAGAAUCAGAAAGCCAUAAAUAUUACUCUUCCUGGGUCAAAGGCCUCUUCAAACAGGGGCUUCUUCAAACACAGAUGCAGAUUUUGCUCCAAACUAUUUGGGAGUGAGAGCGCUUUGCAGAUCCAUGUGCGAUCACACACAGGGGAAAGGCCCUACAAAUGCAAUAUCUGUGGAAAUAGAUUUUCCACCCGUGGGAAUUUAAAGGUUCAUUUUCAGAGACACAAAAAGCGCUACCCCCACAUCCAGAUGAAUCCCUAUCCCAUUUCACAACACCUAGACAACAUCCCAACCAGCACUGGGGUUCCCUAUGGCAUGUCCAUGCCACUAGAAAAAACAUCAACACGUUGGAUCAAUAUCAAACCAUGUCCAGAUCAAAUUACUACCUCAAGUUUGAUGCAAUCCUUGGGCGCUACGAAACAACCCUCUCUCAUCAAACAAGACGGGGUCCCACUUUUAUCUUCUAGUUCCUGCAGUCAUAAUAUGGUUCACUUGGCCUCAAAUGUGAAGACAACAAUGCCCACUGACUCAGCAGCAACCGCACAAGGCAGUGUGGAUUGUCACAACGAAGGACAAACAUCUCUUAACUUAAUGUUCGAGAUGACAACCGGUCGUCAAGGGGAAUCAAAAGAUCAUUUAUCCAAAGACAUUUCAUCAAGUUGCACACAUUCAAGUUCCACUACGGCAAUCCCUUUCUUGAAAACCUCUGAUACCUCAAAACUGCAGCUGCUGCUGCUGGAUGACAUUGACAAGAAAGUGUCAGACUCCUACGAGUGUGUCGUCUGCCAUCGCCUACUCAGUUGUCCCGGGGCUCUUCGGACGCACUACCAGCUGCACAUCGCGGGGGGGCGGCCCUAUCUGUGUAAACUGUGUGGCCGGGGUUUCUCCUCCAAAGGCAACUUGAGGAACCACCACGCGGUUCGCCAUGUCCCAUCCACACGGAGGGUCCCGCACUCAUGCUCCGUCUGCCCAAAGAAGUUCACCCAUGGCCUUCUACUACAGCAACAUGUCCAGUGUCACAUGGAUGGGAAGACGUAUUCUGCCCCCUUUUUAAACCUGGAUAUCUCAAGGCCAAUGGGCUGUAAUGGAGUAGCCCUUAAUAAACAGCACAACACCAACGAAUCACUGGACUUUUCUGAAGACAGUGGCUCAUCUCAUUUCAAGUCUUCCUUGUCCAGCAGUUUGUCCUCAUCUGUGUCUGAGUUGAGCCACCGUGACGACAACAGCAUAACAAGUUAUGGACUAUCGCAACACCAUUGGAUUAAGAAGGAAGGGGAACGUGACUCAACAGAAGGGAAGUAUCCUGCAUUUAAUCUUCCCACUUUUGACAAUCUCUUUCCAAACAGCAAACUUUCAUGUAAUCUAAACUCAGAGGGACCAUUCCAGACCAAUGUCAGUUUACCCACUUUGAAGUUCAAUGAAUCCAGCGUCAAUCCCUCUGAGAUUGAACUCUUUAACCAGAUAAAGGACACCCCAAUCUGUAGCCCUAGCCUUUGUGAAAAGGGCAUAUUUAAGAACAGUGCAUGUGAUAUAUGCGGAAAGAACUUUGCGUGUCAAAGUGCCUUGGACAUCCAUUACAGAACCCACACCAAAGAGAGGCCGUUCAUUUGCCCCAUGUGCACCAGAAGAUUCUCCACCAAAGGGAACCUCAAGCAGCACACGCUCACACAUCAAAUGAGGGCUCCGCCACCAUCCUCCGAUCAGUUCAAAUGUUCAGUCGUCCCGAACAAGACACCCGCAACGGACACGGCUCCGUUCUCCGGGUCUCAGCAGUUCAAGAGAGAAGGGACGCCGUUCCCAAACAGUCUGGCAACAAGUGGGAACCAGAGGGAGGGAGAGGCUCCAGGCCUCUCAUGGAGCUCUGGAGGGGCUACGUCCGCACUGACGGCCCCAGCGCGGCGCACAGCCAAGCAGCACCACUGUAGGACUUGUGGGAAGGCUUUCUCCUCAUCCAGUGCCUUGCAGAUUCACACCAGGACACACACCGGGGAGAAGCCCUUCUCCUGCACGGUCUGUCUACGGGCGUUUACAACCAAGGGGAAUUUGAAGGUCCAUAUGGGGACUCACAUGUGGAACUGCGCCCCCACCAGGAAGGGCCGCAGACUGUUUACAAGUGGAUCCCUAGUGCCUAUAGCAAGCUCACCUGUAAUUCUCCCAGUGUUGCAGCAGAAUAACCCAGUGACUACAUCCAAGCUGGGGAUUCAGUGUUCUCCGGUAACCAGUACACAGACCCUCUUCCCCUGGCCCGGGACAUAAAGACUAAUGAUAGUACUGGAAUUUACAGAAAGGACUGAAAGAGAGGUCUGUGUCUGUGGAGGACUUAGGUGUUACUUUAGAUGAACUACUGAACAAAGAGCAUACGGAUUCUCACUCUCUCAUCAUGAAACACAAAAAAAAGAGUUGUUCAUGUUUUGCUCCAUGAUAAAGAUAGCUAAGGACUUGUUUCAAAUAAAGGAUGAUUUUUCUAUGGGAUGGUUUAAUUUUUUAUUUCCCAUGAAAUCCCAUGAAAAC